CCUCGCCUCUCUCCCUCUCUCCUCGCCCGCUGGGUGCUGAAGUUGGGCGGAUGGCAGCAAACCGGCUCUGCUAAGAGGACCGGGCAGCCCAGCCUCGCGCCCUCGGACCACUGGUGCGCUGCCCACACCUCCAGGCGAUCGGCCAGUUGAGUACUGAAGAAGCUGCAAUGCGAAAAAGGCAGCAAUCCCAGAAUGAAGGAACACCCGCUGUGGCUCAAGCACCUGGAAACCAGAGGCCCAACAACACGUGCUGCUUCUGCUGGUGCUGCUGUUGCAGCUGCUCCUGCCUCACCGUCAGGAAUGAAGAAAGAGGGGAGACGGCAGGAAGACCCACACACACCACAAAAAUGGAGAGCAUCCAGGUUCUAGAGGAGUGCCAGAAUCCCACUGCAGAUGAAGUCUUGUCCUGGUCUCAAAAUUUCGACAAGAUGAUGAAGGCCCCUGCAGGAAGGAACCUGUUCAGAGAGUUCCUGCGAACAGAAUACAGUGAAGAGAAUUUACUUUUCUGGCUCGCCUGUGAAGACUUAAAGAAAGAGCAGAACAAAAAUGUAAUUGAAGAAAAGGCCAGAAUGAUAUAUGAAGAUUACAUUUCCAUACUAUCGCCAAAAGAGGUCAGUCUCGAUUCUCGAGUUAGAGAGGUGAUCAAUAGAAAUCUGUUGGAUCCUAAUCCUCACAUGUAUGAAGAUGCCCAACUUCAGAUAUAUACCUUAAUGCACAGAGAUUCUUUCCCAAGGUUUUUGAACUCUCAGAUCUAUAAGUCAUUUGUUGAAAGUACUGCCGGCUCUUCUUCUGAAUCUUAAUUUUCAUUUAAAAAAAACAUCAAUUUUGGAGGGCUGGGAUGGGGAAUAWAAAUAGUUAAAUAAUACAGAAAUUGAGUCCCUGGAGAACUGAAGUAUAGCACUCCUCAGGCUACUGUGAACAUACCACCAUAUGGUCUUUGGUCUCCAUUUUUUAUAAAGGUUAUCCAUGAUGACGUUUGGAGAAAAUACCACACAAAACAAUGAAUUGCCAAAUUAUGUUUGUUUUAUUCAACACCCAUCCUACUUGCAAGCAAACUGUAUUCAUAGUCCUAUGAACAGUCUCCUAGUGUAUUUCCAGAGACUGCAUGUGCAAAGUAAAGCUGCUUCAUUUGCCACGUAGUUGUUGUACUAUUUAAUCAAAUAGCAUAACUUAUAUCUGUAUUUAAAGACUUUUGUGCAAUAUAGUCUUAUAGAAAUAAUUGCCAAAACAUGGCUGUGGUUUGCAUUUUUUUAAUAUAAUCUGAGACAGAAAAAGGCAAUUUUUAAAAUGUAACAGUGGUAUUCAACAUGCUAUAAUACUGUGCUCAGUACACUAAUUUUGAAGCCAAUAUUUCUGUACAUGAAAAAAAAAGAGCUAUUUAUCUAUGUUUGUUGGCAAAUCGUAGGGGAGGAUCCCUCUGAUUGUUCACUGCCAAAAAUGUGGCAUUUUCAUUACAGAAGCAUUUGCUAUGUUAAAAAAAAAGAAGAAGAAAAGUAAACAAAGCACAAAACAAUUUGAAGAUAUCUUCUCUCAGUGACAAAUCAAAAAGUGAUAUUGUUUUUAAUUGUAAUAGAUGAAAAUGAAUCUAUGUAUAUAUAAGAUGUCCAAUACUGUAAUUAAUUUAUUAAAGACUGGCUCUCCAGUU